AUGGCCCUCCAGCAGCGUGUGUUCCUUCAUCUCCUUCUUCUCCUCGGGCUCGGGGCGGCUGGGGUGUCUGGCCUUGCGGACGGCCGUGCAUCCUCUGUCAUCAAAUCAACCUGUGCAGCGGCAGCCCAGUCGAUCUGGAAAACUCCCUACCACUACUGCGUAGACAUUUUGUCUGCCGAUCCAAAGGCCGCGUCUGCCGCCGACGCGCGAGGUGUCGCCGUCGCCGCGGCUAAUCUAACCGCUUCGAACGUUACUUCUACGGUACGCGCCAUCUCCGACCUUAUCGAGAGCCUCAACCAUUGCCUGAACCUCUACAGAGAGAUGGACGCGUGGGUCACCGGAGCUGUGAGUGAUCUCCUCGCCGGCCGCGUCGAGACGGCGUGGCCACGACUCAGCGACGCAUCUUACCAGCCCGGCUACUGUCGGCUUGCCCUGAUGGAGGGCAAUUUGACUCCCAAAGACCCGCUGUCUGACGAAAACAACGCGAGCAUCUGGCUGUCUGCAAUGGCCGCGGACAUUGCCCAAGCGAUUCAUGAUCACCGGACGACGCUGCCAUGA